AUCACAAAUCUGCAAUCAUGUCAAGUAGUAUGCGAGGCUUGACCGUGUUUAUCGCGGAUAUUAGGAAUUGUAGAGUGAGAGAAUUAGAAGAAAAACGAAUCAAUAAAGAGAUGGCUAAUAUCCACGGCAAUCUCAAAGGUUAUCAAAAGAAAAAAUAUGUUUGCAAACUUUUAUAUAUGUAUAUACUUGGGUGGGAUAUCGAUUUUGGUCAUAUGGAGGCG